AUGCCCUUAUUGAUGCCACUGUUGAUACUAUUCAUGAUAUUCGUCAUAGUGAAAAUUGCCGCCUUCCACUAUGAGGAGGACGAGAAGGUCAAAGCUGCAAAACGCAAGGCUGCUGAAGAGACGCUGCCGUUCAUUUUAGAACGUUUGGACCAGCAAGUGAAGGAAAAUGACGGCUACUUCUACGAUGGUACUCUCUCUUGGGCUGAUUUAACAUUCGUUGCUCUGCUCGAUUAUUUGAACUUUAUGUACAAGUCUGAUCUGAUCGAGAAUUACGAGAAUCUGAAGCUGCUGGAGAAAAAGGUCCUCCUUCUGCCCAAGAUCAAAAACUGGAUUGAGAGACGCCCAGUUAGCGAAUUCUAA